CUUCUCCGAACACCAUUGCAGAGAGUCUCCGAAAUCGGUAGUUUUGAAAUUGUACAACAUCUCAUCGACAAGGGAGCUCAAAUCGACACACCGCCGUCACGUUCCGGUGCCACGGCCUUGCAACUGGCCGCCAUGGAAGGUCACGUCGACAUUGUGGCGUAUCUGAUUAGCAAAGGUGCCAAUGUCACUCACCCGCUAGCUCAGGGUCACGGACGCACAGCAUUAGAAGCAGCCGCUGAAUGGGGUCGUUUCGACACAAUGUCUCUUCUAAUGCAGCGCGAAGUUGAUCUUGAUCGAGAAUACGGUAAUCCACCUCAGAGCCAGUACGAACGAGCUACGUCCUUUGCUCAAACGAAUGGCCAAAUGGCUUCAAAGCGGUUUGUCGAA